UCCCUUACUUUAUAUCACACGGAAGUGGAAUAAUUUCAAGAACCCUUUCAAUGAAAAUGGCGAAUACAUCCCACAUCCAGUUCGAAGGAUGGAGUCCUGACCAAGUAGCUGCCUGGCUCCGAGGACUGGAUGAGGCUGUUGGUCAGUAUGUUCAGCAUUUCCACAACAACGGCAUUGACGGCAAGAAGCUGUUGAUGAUCACCCACUCGGACCUGGAGAAGCUCAGUGUCUCCAAACUAGGUCACCAGGAACUGAUUUUGGAAGCUGUUGACCUCCUGAGAGCAAUGCGUUACGGCCAUGACACCGAGAACCUGCAGCACUUGGCCCUUCAACUGGGGUGCAAGGCUCGCAGCCUUCACAACAUGGUGCAGGCCAUCACCGGGGAGAACGACAAGAACCGCGCCAACGUCUCGCAGCAGGACCGUCGCAAACAGCUCACCGUCGAGGUCCUGUCUGCCAUGGCCGACCUCCUGUCAACGCUCAAGUGUCUGGUGUCAUGGCUCGACAGAGCCCCGUUUGAAGGAAUCCAUGACAUGUGUUUGCUGAGGAACACUAUUGUGAAGUUUGGGAUGGAGCUGGUCCAUGCUGCACAGCGCGACUCCAACCUGACGGAGACUGAGGAGUCCAUCAUGAGAUCGUGCCGGACGUUGUUCGAGAUCUGUGAUGAUCUGGUGAUGAACUCCAAGGAGCCAUUGGUGGUGCAGCCCGCGUCACUAGAGGUCGCCACCAUCAGGAAGAAACAGCCUGAGGAACUGGGUCUGCAUAUUUCAUCAUCAUAUUAUGGGAUUCAUGCCAUUAGUGGAAUUAAGGAAUUGAGCCCCGCUGACCUGUGCAGGAAGAUUGAGAAGGGAGAUGAGGUCAUCCAGGUCAACUACCAAACCGUGCUUGGAUGGCAGCUGAAGAAGCUAGUUGAGACGCUGAAGGAGAAACCAAAGGAGGUUGUGCUGUUGUUGAAGAAGAGGCCUCGUCACAUCAGUCCGUUCGGGAAUUUACCCAACCGGAAGAACAAACAGCAUGCCCAGGCAGCGACACUGCCGAAGAUACUGAAGAAACGGAGGUCACGUGAAGGUGACGCCAAACAGACACGGCCAUCACUGCAGGAGUUCACGUCCUCCGCACCGACAGGGGACAUCUACGUUACUAAAGAUGCACCUGAGAAUACAGACGGUAACGACACUGACAAUGAUGUCUUCCGUAGCGGGUCCGAGUCGCCGCAGUUCACACUUCCUGUAGGCGUUGACCCCAAACAUCGCCGCGCCACAGUCAGCGGAGGGUCACCGACGUUAGAGCGACCCUCAUUGGUCAUACAAGACCUUGACCCUCCCACAAGGCCGAAGUCACAGUUUGUGAACUCCGCGGAGAAGGAGGCAGCAAUGGCUGCCCUGGCGGCCUCAGAGAACAGGCUCGGUGUGGCCAAGAUCUGGGACGACAAGUCCAAGGAGAUGACGGAACUCACGGCUAGUGAGAGCCAGCAGAGAAUUGAGAAAUUUGCUGCGAAAGUGAGUCAGAAUAUGACAGUUGAUUCGCCAUCAUCCACUACAGAGUCACCACAAGCAUCAGUUUCUGAAGAUUCCCCUGAGACUGUCGAGAACCCUGACCAGAAGUCCGUGGAGGUCCGGCGCCAGGAGUUCCGCGUGACGAAGCCCACCCCCCAUGUUCUGGAGAACCCGUACAAGGUACUGGAACGGCCUUACUCCCAGUCCAAGGAGGUGGUGUCCGAGGUAGCCACGGACAACAACGCACGUGACCAACCCACUCUCAUGACGAUUAAGCGUCUUGAUUCGUCAACCCGAUCUGACGAAGUCAAAUUAAAGGAAGAACAAGAUUCACCGAAGGAGAAGAAACAUGUUGGCUUUGCAGCUGACUGUAAGGAGGAUAGUGAGGAAAGUGUCAGCUACACACAUAUAGUGGUGGGUGGAGUGGUGCAGAAGAUACCCGUGGACAAGAGUCAAGUCUUCGUAUCCGAUUCCCCCACGGUGAGAAGAAGGGCCAAAACUGGAACCAAGAGACUCGAUCGCCGUGUGUCUUGCAAGGACCUGGGGAAGGGGGACUGUGAGGGUUGGCUGCUGAAGAGGAAGAUGUCCCGUGGAAUCCUGAACAAGAGCUGGGCCAAGAGAUGGUGCAUCCUCAAGACCUCCAACCUCUUCUACUACAAGGAGAAGGACGAUCUGAAGGCGGAGGGGGUGAUCCAUCUGCCGGCCUUCCAGGUGUCUCCUGCCACUGACAUCAAGACCAAGAAGAGUGAGCAUGGUGCCUUCAAGAUCCACAACCCCGGCACUACCUUCUACUUCGCAUCAGAGAGACAGGAUGAUAUGAGCAAAUGGAUGAACAAGAUGGGCCUGGCGGCCAUCAACUUUGAUACAAGUCGAGUCAUCACCACGGGGGGCUUCAUUAAGCCUGAGCCACGCUCGCCUCACCCCAUGGGGGUACAGAAUAUCUACUACUCAGAGUCGGAAGACGAGGGGGACGACGGGUCCAUCAGCAGUCAGAUGGGCAGUCAGUUAUCACUCAACAGUCAGACGUCCACGUGCAGCACCAACACGUUGUCCGGCACAGCAACACAAGACUCAGGUGGCAGCACCUCCACUCUGGUGCCAGCUGCAGACUCCUCGGUAUCCGUAGAGAAAAGACCGAAAGAGUCCAGUGUAUCCUCCGAACCUCCAUCAGGUAGCCAUGACGACCUCACAGGUAUUUUACGCAACCUACAUGGACAAAACCUCACAAUAGAUGGCAUUGAUAGGGAACGACUACGUAGAAGUCACAUUACAUCGGCCGACUUGCUGAAAUCGUCGCGAGGAGAGAUAAACAAACUUAGGAAACUCCAGUCACUGCAGAGGACAUUGAAGGCUAAGCAGCUGGAGCUACUGGACAUCAACCAUUUCCUCGAGGAGCCACUGACACAUGACUUGAUAAAACAUUUCAAGGAACAGCACCCUGGGUAGAGACACCAUCGCCGUUGCAACUUCCAUGGACAACUUAGAUGAUGUGAUAGCUUAUUCAUGCACAAACUCCAGACAGUGAUACCAUCACUGCUGCAACAUCAAGGACAUCCAUGAUCGUGUUUAGUUGAGGCAGUGAUACACUGGCUCAGGUAUGCCAAGAACAGACACUCGGAGCUGUCUGAAUGUAGUGUGUCUUUCCAUAGCUGUAGAUGUCAAUCCGAGAGUGAGAUUGCCGACGCGAAAAACUGUUGGAUCACCGGGGAGGCUUGUGUGAGCGCUUUGUCUGCAGGAAUGGCCCAUGUGAUUGCUGUGUCUACAAUGAUGGCCUGUGUGCACGCUUUGUCUGCAGGGAUGAUCAGUUUGUCACACAAGUUAAAUAUAUGCUGUAUGGAAAUUGAGCUUCAAGAGACACACUUUGUUCAAACAGAGACUUCACUUCUGUCUUGUUAGUGAUUGAAUGUUGAUUUAUGCCUCAGUCAGCAAUACUCAUCUGUGUCAUGGCAGCCUGUUGUAUUGGCAAGUCUGGGCCAAGCAAACCUGUGGCUGACAGCAUGCUCCCCACUUAGGGCACAAUGACACACAGCCAGCCAGUCAGAUUCCUUUGCAAGGACCCAUAUUGGGCAACAAUGCAAAAUUGCAGACCCGUUCUGCACGGAAUCCCCAGACGAAUUUGAAAUCACGUGAUAUAGAGUGAACUGCCAGGGUUCUUUGUUGUCCAAUUUUGAUAUUGACAUGCUCUUGUUAUAGUUCCAUGUUGUAGGGAUGCAAGUCGGUGUUAUACGUAACUGAGUACACUUCACUGUUGAGUGAUCUUUAUCUUGAUGCUUGUGUAAUUCAGUGUUGCUCUCAGUCAUGUACAAGAUGUUCCCACUUGUGUUAGCCAAUUGCUGAGACUUGUGUAUAAAUAUUGUUUCUUUGUUCUAUGUGCAAUCAUUAAAGCCUUUGUUUCAUUA